AAACUCACCACUUGAACAACACGCCAUCUAUCCUCUGCACACACUUUCUUUUUAUACUUAUUUUCAUCAUUUACGACAGCACCUUCCCCCUGAUACGAAUUGCCCUCGCAACUUGAGCUGCGUAAUAUAUCCGAAAUACAGAAUUACAUCAUGACGAUUAGCAUAUCCAAAGACUCUGUCAUUCGCGACUUUGCGUACUCCAAAGGCGACCCGCGCUAUGAGGGCCACCACAAAGAAAUCGAGGUUGAGGACGACGCCGACUCAGGAGAGGAAUCUGACCCAUGGUCUUCGUUUGUUUCUGGAGGACCCAAUAUCCAGUCCGACGAUGCUCCCGAGAUUGGCGCAACACCUUCGCGCACGGCGAGGGCGCUUUACGACUUUAUAGCGGAGAACCCGACCGAGCUGGCUUUUUCGAAAAUGACAUACUGCACAUUACAUACAAGCAGUGUGACGGAUGGCUGGUCGGAUACAAGGGCAACCAGGUUGGGCUGAUUCCCGAGAAUUAUGUCGAGCUUAAUCCCGAGUCGAAGUAACGAUUGGAGGCCUGGUCAUAGAUAUGGGAAUGAUGUUUCUUUUCUUUUCUUUUUACGCCUGUUUGCGCAAUCAUAGCAAACCGUUUCUUUGUA